AUGAACACAGAUAUAUCUGUCAUUCAAAUAUGUUCCAAAUAAAAGCACAUAACAACAGCAUCACAACAACAGCAAAACUCUGAUGAACAGCAGAUACUGAGAUAACAUCUGUAUCUAAGGGAAUAUGUAAAGUGAUGGGUGGGAUUGAAAGAGGACAGUAAUACUAUAUAAUAAGAGGUUUGUUAGGUUCAGGUGCACAAAGUGAGGUAAAGAACAGAAGAAAAAUCGUAACACACACUCUGUGUGGAGUACAAGACAUACAUGAGAUAUGGUUCACCUCAUUUCAGUGACUCUACUCUUCUCAGUAUUAUGUGGUGUAGGAGCAUAUAUUCCUCAUCACUAUCACUUUGUGAAUGAGAAUAAAACCUGGACUGAAGCUCAGACUUACUGCAGAGAGAAAUACACUGAUCUGGCAACCAUCAACAACAUGGGAGAGAUGAAGAACCUGAAUCACACACUGAUGAAGGAAAAUGCAAAGAAAGCUUGGAUUGGUCUACAGAGAGCAGGACCUGGGAGAUGGCUGUGGUCUCUGGAAGACCAAACUUUCUACAGAGACAGAGUCACUUACACACACUGGGACAGUGGACAACCAAAUAAUGCUGGGGGAACUCAGUACUGUGUGACAUAUUGGUCUGCCAGUCCAUUAUGGAAUGAUAACCAGUGUGAUGCGUUGUUUCCUUUUGUAUGUUAUGAAGAAAACAACACAAACACUAAUAAAUAUGUAUAUAUUAGUGAUGAAAAGAGCUGGUACGAUGCUCAGACCUACUGCAGAGAGAAAUACACCGACCUGGUCAGUGUGAGGAACCAAACUGAGAAUGACGAGAUCUGGAGUGUGGUUAAUGUUUCAGUCAGUUCACGUGCUUGGAUCGGUCUGUUUAAUGACUCCUGGUAUUGGUCAGAUCAGAGUAAGUCCACAUUCAGAUACUGGAGAUCUGACAAACCCAUUAGAAGUUUGAUCUGUGCUGCAGUGUCUGAGUCUGAGCAACGUUACUGGACUGAUGUGAACUGCACAGAAAAACUCCCGUUCAUCUGCCAUGAGAAUAAAGUGAUCCUGAUUAAGGAGAAGCUGACCUGGUGGGAAGCUCUGACAUACUGCAGGAACCAUCAUCAUGACCUGGUGUCAGUGCGCACCGAGGAGAUGCAGCUCUGGGUGAAGGAAGUGACUCAAAACGCCUCCACUGAACACGUGUGGCUCGGCCUGCGUCACGACUGCGCCCAGCGUGUCUGGUUCUGGGUUGUUGGAUCAAUAAUCUGCUAUCAGAACUGGGCACCAGGGAAUGGGACCUGGAAUGAAGACUGUAGUCAUGAGAAGAGAAGCGGAGCAGUGCAGUCUGGAGGAGAGCAGAAGUGGAUCGAGCUGCCUGAGAGCCAGAAGCUCAACUUCAUCUGCUCUACCUAUGAUGAUUUGUUUUAUUAAACAUGAAGACUGAAGACAAGUUGUGGUCCAUCAUCUGUGUCCAGCAUCAGCUGAUCUACAGCAAUGUCUCAUUUAUUCUCUUCUAUUAUUAUUAUUAUUAUUAUUAUUAUUAUUAUUAUUAUUAUUAUUAUUAUUAUUAUUAUUAUUGACUGUUCUUAUUAAUAAAGGGGUUUCUGGGUAAUGUAGGUGAAAUCUAUUUACCUGAUGUUUACAACAUUGUGUUGGUUUGCACAUACAUUAUAAUUACAGCUAUUUGUUUGCUUUCUAUGAAUAAAGAACUAUAUUAUAUUCAGCUAAUUUACACAUAUGCAGGAAGUUUAGAACAUCAAGCCAUGUAAACAGUUAUGUUAAAAUCAUCAUUAUUCUUCAUGUUUUUGUUUUCAUCACAUAUACAUUACACACA